AUGCCCUUCUGCUCCUAUAACCCGUGCUUGCGACAUAGAACAGCUUCCCUCUUCUGCCGUCCAAUAACACGGCUGCGUCUCAACCACUUCUCCUCCACAGCCAUCCGCGCCGCAGCUGAAACAUACUAUGACAUACUCGGUGUAUCAAUCACUGCGACUACAGACGAGAUCAAGAAAAAGUUCUAUGCUCUCUCUCUAGCCCACCAUCCAGAUAGAAACAAGGAUCCAGGCGCGGCAGACAAAUUCUCCUCGAUAUCAUCUGCCUACCAUGUCCUUGCCAACCCUAAGAAACGAGCCCGAUAUGAUCGAGAGCACGACAUUCGCACCCCCACGGCCCAAGGCACCACCAGGCCGGGAACAGGCAGUUUCUCAUCAGCAUCGGCCAGCAGUUCGCAAUUUGGCUCGCGUCCUGCGUCGGGUCUAAGCAAACGCAGAGGGACAUUCAAGGGGCCUCCACCUAGCUUUUAUGCGAAUGGGGGGUACGGGGCUAGCCAUAGACAGCAUCAGCACCAGACCCACCAGCCGCAGCAGGAACAUCCUGAAUAUCAUCACUCUGACGUUCCGCACUUUGAUGCAGGGUCCCAUAGGCGGACCCAGUCGCAUGAAGAUAUGAGGCGGCGGAUGAGGAGGGCGAGAUCUGCGGAGGAGCAGAAGAGGCGAGCGGCUGCCGAAGGAGAGACGUUGGGCGGUGGUUAUAUCGGGGAUUUUAACGGUGGCUAUGCUGAGCGCGAGCUUUGGAAGGUCGAAGGUAGAAGAACCUGGAUUACGAGAGUUAUCUGCGAGGCAGAAACAGCCUCGGACAGAGUAGCAGCACUAAGACAAGAGCGUUCUCUCCUACAAAACGUCAACGUCAACCGCUCCAGUUCGGUCCAAGCCAUGCACUUGAAAUAA